CAAAUGUUCUGACAUUGCUUGAUGCAAGAAUCCCAAAAAUAGUUUCUAAACUCGAGUAGUCAUUUCAUCGUCAACAUCAUUGCGCCCGUCAAGCUACUCAUCUCGGUCCGUCUUGGAGCUGGUCUCCAACGCUGGGUCCGCUCCUUACCCGUUAUCUUCAACCACCAGCACCAGCACCACCACACUGCUACCAUCCUUCUUCAUCCUACCCGUGAAACUACAAACAUCUGCUCUCUAACAAGCACCACCACCACCACCAACAACACCACUAACGGUGCCCUUAGACAGUGUCUAACUUACAACCAUUCCGAGGGAAUGAGGAUAGCGACACUUCAAUUCGCCCCACAAUUAGGCGAUGUUAAGGGUAAUAUCAAGAGAGCCGAUGAAUUACUGAAGAAUGGGAAGGUGGUGCGAGGUGUCGGUACGGAGGCGGUUGAACUGGAUGUUUUGAAGCCAGACAUUUUGAUUCUGCCCGAGCUGGCCUUGACGGGAUACAACUUCCCCUCCCUGGAGGCCAUCAAGCCGUAUCUGGAACCGGCAGGAGAAGGUCCCUCGGCCGACUGGGCCCGGCAGACCGCCCAGCGCCUACAGUGCAAAGUCUGCGUGGGGUAUCCUGAGAUUUACACGGAGAUGGCGACCCGGGAAGGAGAGGACUCCAGUAGUCAGCACGAGACUUAUUAUAAUUCUCUCCUUGUGGUCGAUGAGAAUGGUCGGGACAUUCUCAACUACCGUAAAUCCUUUCUCUACUACACUGACGAAACCUGGGCAUCAGAAGGUAGCGUGGAGCGUGGCUUUGAGAAUCUGAUAUUCCGGAAAGGGGAUCAACACUCCCACGAGUCACACAUAGCCACCUCCUUCGGGAUCUGUAUGGACAUCAACCCGUACAAGUUUGAGGCCCCAUUCACGGCAUGGGAAUUUGCCAAUCGAGUCAUGGACUCGAAGUCUCAGUUGGUCAUUCUGUCCAUGGCUUGGCUAUCUUCCUUGGGUCGGGAGGAGCUGGACCUCCUCGCAGAUGAGCCUGAUCUAGAUACGUUCAAUUACUGGGUCCAGCGGUUCUUGCCACUCAUCACGAAAAGAAUGAGUCAUGAAGUUAAUUUGAACGAGGAUGGCUCUGAUCGAAGCAAGGAUAUCGUUAUCGUCUUCGCCAAUCGAGCGGGAGAGGAGCCAGGAGCAGCGGGGGCGAACCCGGUGAAUUAUGCCGGUACCAGUACCAUUAUCGCCAUCUCACAAAGACCCAAGACUCUUCCCGUGUCGGGAGCUACUCGUUCAGAUAAUAUGAGCAGUUCCAAAGCACAGACGGACGCGGGGGAUGACGGAGAAAGCCAAUUUGACGUCAAAGUUCUUUCUUGGGACAUGAUGGGCGCAACAACCGAAGGGAUAUGUUUUGCUGAUACUGCGGCAGACCCAAGCAUGGUUUUUGCUUUAGCAAAGCGAUCGUCGAGCUAAGGGUGCGACUGAGCAGGAGGUCGGCUUUCUCUAAUGUUGGUUGGCUGGGUUGCAGCAGGGCGCUGUUAAGUUACGACCCAUGCCGGGCGUUGCAGGCCAGUAUCUAGUUACCUACCGUCUGCAUCCCGUGGUUGGAGUGAUAUCAUCGUAAAAGCCGACUGUCAUUGUCAGUUGUACUCUUUGGUACUCUUUGGUUUUAAAAGACUAGAAAGCAUGGAUCCGUUCCCUUCGACAAACCUUUCUCCUUAUGCGGCCCAUUUCCUCCGACAGCGCGCCGUGCUCAUAUAAGGUGAAACUAUUUUUUGGCCCCCGUUUUCUGUUUAUUUUUUUUUGCCCCUUCAGAACACUCGAGGAGCCCACC